CUCACCUGUUCCAUCCACUUUCAUCAUUGGACAUAUUUAGUCACCACCUGCGUUUUCUGUGUUCCUGAGGUCACUUUAGAGUAAAAGAGAAGAAGAAAUGUAACAUAUUUGGACGACCAACAUUCAUCAUAUUGGAAGGAUGAAAGACAGAUUUGGCCAACUUCAGGAUGCGUUGGACGAGCCUGGAGGAGGAGGAGGUCACACCAAUGAGGCCUUCACCAAUGUGGACCUGGACCUAGAUGACCUGUCUGCCCAUUCGGGCAGGAACCGUGCAACAGUGGUGCCUGUCAACGACCCUGAGCUGAACAGCAUUCUCCAGGAGGCCCAAAAUGUUCGGCAGGAGAUCCAACAGAUCCAGGAAGACCAUGCCCAGCUCCGGGACCAGAACUACCACGCCUUGAACAACACAUUUAUGGACGACACCAGUGAUGUGAUCAGGGACGCCAACAACAUUGCAACAGACAUCAAGGCCAGAGGAGGGGCUGUGUUGCAGAGCUUACACAGGAUGAACAGGGAGACCAGGAAGCUGGAGGUUCAGCGAGGUAGCACUGACCACGUGGUACGCAUCGCCCGGACGCAGUACACCAACCUGAGCACCACCUUCAGGGAAGUGAUGUUCGACUACAACGAGACAGAGCUGGGACACAGGGAGAACUGUAAGAAACUGAUCCAGAGACAGAUGGCGAUUGUGGGCAGAGACGUCACGUCUGAGGAGGUUGAGGAGAUGAUGGAGAGCGGGCAGCAGUUGAAUAUCUUCAACGCCCUGGCUGAUGGGACGGCCCAGUCGGCACUGACACAGAUCGCUAGUAGACACAAAGAGCUGCUUGACCUGGAGAAGAGGAUCCAGGGGGUUCAAGAGCUGUUUCUGGAUGUGGCUGUGCUGACAGAGGAACAGGGAGCGGUGCUCAACAACAUCGAGACCAACGUACAAAAGACGGAGGCACCUAUCGCGGGUGCCAGGGUUCAACUGAACAAAGCCAAAAGAUAUGACAAGAACAAUCCCAUCAAGAAACUGUGCUGUUGCUGCUUUCCAUGUUGCAUAUGAUUGUAUAUCUCAUCUGAUACAUUGUGUAUGUGAUACAUUCAUUAUCUUGAUAUUAAUGUAAAUAAUGUGAUUUUUUUAAAAGAAAGCAGUGGGACUGGGAGGUUGGCCUGCAAUAAGGCCAGGUAACGAUGGAUAACCAUUGCCAGGAGGGACAUACUGUAUGAGGGAUGCAUAGAAGGGCCUAAAAACUCUCUGGACUACCAACCAAACGACACUUUCAAUCAAAAGAACAUUGCAUUGAGUUCGCAGAGAGUCUGAACUCUUUCUAUUCUAGGUUUGAUAAUCUGGACUUUAGUACUGAGAAGGAUGAGCUGCUGUGUGAACUCUUAUCAUUAGCACAAUGGGAAGCUGAUUUGGUAAUAGAGGAAGCAGAUGUUGAUAGGGUUUUAAAAUGAAUAGCAGUAAACAGUCACCUAAUAAUAGUAAUAGCAGUAAAGGUCACCUAAUCAUCCCCAGAUUACAAUUGGCUCAUUCAUCCCCCUCCUCUCCCCUGUAACUAUUCCCUAGGUCGUUGCUGUUAAUGAGAAUGUGUUCUCAGUCAACUUACCUGGUAAAAUAAUAAAAAAAAAAAAAAAAAACAAAGCCACUGGCCCAGGUAACAUUAGUAACCAUGUUCUGAAGUCCUGUCACAAGGACUUGUCAGGUGUGUUCUGUGAGCUGAAUGCCACCAAGAUCAAAGACCUUGCCAUAGAUUUUAGGAAGGAAACAUCAGCUCCAAAGGCAAUCAACAUCGGUGGCCAGAGCAUUGAACAGGUGGAUGAGAAUAAGUAUCUUUGCACAAUAGUUUACAAUAAGCUAAACUUUUGAGCCAACUGUGGGCAAGUGUUAUCAAAAUGUCAAUCAUUGUUAAUAAUCCAUUUGUUUUACAGUCAUUUUACAGAUGUUUUAUUGCGUCUGUCAUAACAUUUAGUUUAGUUUCCUGGUUUGGCUCCAUCACAUGGGCAAGUCAGAAUACCUUGUGGAAUACCAGUGGUAAGAUUAAAGGGAGAAGCCAAAAGGUACCCCUGAGACAUUUACUAAUACCACA